GCCACGCUGCCUAAGAUUGGCAGGCGUGGUGCAGUGGGCGUGGCCUCUCUGAGGCGGGGCUGCGGGGCGUCGGGCCCGUGUUUUGUUUUGGUUUUUCUGAGCGUAUUUUAUUGGUGUGCAUUCGCUGGGAAGUGUGAUGGUUUCGUUAUGACGUUUUCACGCACGAGUAUCACAUGUCGUGGCAAUGCUCGCCCCCGCUGCCCAUCACUUCGGCAGUCCUUUAGAAGAACGUCCCUGUGUGUACCGAACCAAAGGCGAGCAGAGAACGACGCCCAGCAAGGGAGAGCCAGGGGCGGCAAGCGCGAUGUGGUCUUUGAGGAACGGGUUCGAAUCCCGAGCGGGGGCCCAGGUAGCCGUCUUCCCGGAGAGACACCGAACGGGGACCCCUCGGAGGGUGACCUCAGGAUUCCUCCGGAUGACAUUGUGAUCACCAGCUGCAGUGUGUCCCCUGAGUUCCCUGGGUCCCCGUCAUCCCAGCGACCGUGCCCACACACACCUGCGCACGCGUCGUGCCCACACACACCUGCGCACGCGUCGUGCACAGAAAGCCCGGACCUUCCCAUCCCUCUUCCCUCCCAGCCUGGCGUCCCCACCCCGGCUGUCCCCAGACCCGGCCCCUCCACAGGAACCACUGUGGAAACAGGAGUCACCUGUCCGUGGCGCACCAGGUGAUGUGGGAACAACACAUCCUUCAAAGAGUUUAGGUACAGAGUUGGGCUUGAUGGCCUCACCUAAGGUCCCAGCGCGUGGGAGAAUGAGGCAGGGGGAUUGCCCCGAGUUUGAAGUCAGGUUGGGCUACAUAGUGCGUUUGAAGCCCCUGAAACAGGCUACAUGACACCCUGUUUGAAAAACUAACUAAUGCUGGAGAGACGGCUCAGCAGUUUUGAGCACUGGCUGCUCUUCCAGAUGGACCGGGUUCAAGUCCCAGUACCCACAGGACAGCUCACAACUGUCUGUAACUCUAGUUCCAGGGGACCCAACGC